ACAAGAUUUGACAUUCGUUGAUAGUUGUCUAUGAACGUUUUGUAAACAAGAGAUAAAAAAUGUUUGAUUUCUGAACCCGUCUCAAUAUUUAAAACUGUUACAAACACCCACAUGUGAUUUGGUAAAAAUCGUCUAAGUUAUACUAAUGAAGGAAAUGCUUCGUUUUUUGCAUUAAUAAUUCAAAGGAAAAUGUCUGGUUAUUUGGAAGUGAAAUAUCCGUUUAAAUCAAACCUCGGUCUUAAUCCUUUCAAGUCUUGGAAAAAACAAUGGUGCAUUUUGAGACCUAGUGUGACCUGCAAAGGGGGUGGGUCACUAGUUGUAUAUUGUAGUGAGGCGGGAGCGCCUGCAGGAACAGUAGAGUUGCCCUCGGGUUGCUUAGUAAAAAGAGCCAAAUCCCGCACGCGACCUCAUGCCUUUGCAGUAUUCACCCUUGAAGCACCGUCAAAACCUCGAAUUCUUCUUGCUGCUCAAAGCCAUCAAGAAACUCAAAUAUGGAUGGAUAAAAUUCGUGAUUUAUUAAAUAAUGACAAAAUGAGAGGCUCAGAAUCAUUACUCAAAGACUCAUAUCCUGUAACUGUGAUUGCUACGGAAUUGUCUAGAAAAUGUGGCUUAAUGACUGACAGUGUGCUCACACUAUCUACAUCGGGCUUGGUAGUUUCCCACAAUACAGCCAGCACAAAAAUAGACUGGCAACACAUUAUUGAUGUACUCUUGAUCAGAAAAAAUGGAGACAAGAAUAGAAAUUGCAUCAUUAGUAUGAAUAGUGGUUUUUCUCAAGGCAGUGGUGAAAUGACAUUUUGUACACCGUUGGCAAGUGAACUAGUCAGUGCUGUCCGUCAAGCGCUUUCGGCUCGUCACAAGAAAAUUAGCCGAAGCGAUGGAGACUUGAGAAGAGAUGACAUAGGUGAAAUUCGCCGCAGCAGCUGGUACAGCGGACCGUCGGAGGUUUCUCUGGAUGACACAGAUCUCAUUAUGACUAAGGAAUAUCAACAAAUGCACAAUGGUGACUUAUCUCAGUUGUCUGAGAUUCCCUGUGAAGAUAAACAAACACCUCUCUCCCCUGAAAACAGUGUGUGGUCCCGUCGCUCCACCGUAUCAAUAGUCUCGGUCGCUUCGGGCGUCUACGAGGAAAUUCCCGAAGAAUGGGCGGGCUCGUGCGUAGAUCACACGUACGAGUCCGUCGAGUGCGUAUACGGAACGAUGAGACGGGCGGGUAGACGCGGCGCACCUCCCCUACCCCCGAGACAUAACUUUGGUACAAUGAAGCUUUCUGAUUGGAAAAGCGCUAACUCGAGCAGUCCUGGUCGCGAUGGAGUGACGCGUCAUAGCUCGUUGGGCUCAUUGCAGCACUGUGCAAAACCACAUCGUUAUAAACAGACCUUCAGUGUCUUUAGGAAAAGGCUAAAAAGCGACUCCCGCGUCACCUCCCCAAAAUCCGAGAAAGAGACAAAAGACGUUGAAACGAAAAAGAAAAGAUUCGAUUUCACACCAACAAGAGACAUAUUCAAAAGCUUCAAAGUGAACAGAAAAAUGAAGAAUCUGAAAAUAACCGGAAAUCUAUCGAAGGGCGAGACAAAAAGUUGUGAAUUUUUGGACGAAACGGAGCACGUGUCGACGAAUCGUUGCUCGAAAUCCGUCGAAUGUAUCGAGAAGUUUGACGAUUUCGAUGUUUCAAUCGAGAUUAACGAAACCAACGUCUCGGCGCUCGCGCUACCAGAGGAGAUUGUGAAGUUAAUAUUUACUGAGAAAAUUCUCGGAAAUUUUGAGAAUGAAAGCGAAUAUAUGCCCAUGUCGCCCGUUCAGCCUCCGCCCAUGGAGCAGCAUUAUAUCGUUAUGUCGCCCAAGACUAAAAUUGCUUAAAUGGAGAAUUUGAAUCAAAUAACUCGGAUAAAGGCCUGAAUAGGGGAAUUUGAAUAAUUAUAAAUUUAAAGCUGUUUUCUAUUUAUAUUCUCAGUAUACAUUUACCCUCUUCAUAAAAAGUAUAUCCGUCUAAUUGCACUCUCACUUAUGUACUUUUUCGUCUUUUUUUAUGAAGAGGGGGAAUGAAUAUUAUUCAGAAUCUCAUAAAAAUGUCGACUGACAGUUACUAAUUUGGUUUUUUGACAUCUCUAUCUAGAGUGAUAAAGCAUAGACUACAUUCUGGGACAGGUUCAAGUGCCAAACACCUAUUUGUGUCAUCUGACUGUUUGGGGGAUUUGCACAUUUAGGAGUUAACAUAUCACUGAACAAUUCAGUGUUAAGACUUAACGCUAAGUAUCACUUCCGUACGUCACUUAUUCUAAGUCUCGGUUCUGAAUCUUGCACUUAAACCUUGUCUUUGAAUCUUCGUCUAUUGUGACAAAAUGUCUCAUUGAAGUCAAUUAUAUUCAAAUUGCUUUGGCAGUGACAAGUGAUAUCUUCUCACCAAAACAUAUAUUUGAUUAUAAAAGCUUUGACCGCAUUAAAUGGCUUGAUCUCGACGUCUGUAAUGAAAUACGAAUUAGAUUUGCUUAAUCGUUUAAAACCGCGUACAAUACCGGCAAACAUCUUGAACAUUAAACAAGGGAGUGGGGGAAAGUUUGCGCAGCGCGGGACACAAAUGUCAACUGAUUUAGCCAACACGCGAUCGACACGUCACUCUCCCGCCGCCGCGCACCACCCAGUGAUACCUAAAAAUCGCUUAUGCGAAGGCAAGAACAUUUGUUCAAGAUGUUUGCCGGUAUCUGUAUCAAUUUCAUGUGUGAUAUGCGCGUAUAUAUUUAGUACGUGAAUUCUUCAAGCUAUUUUAAACCUUAUCGCUAUUUAUUAGAACUAUGGUUGUAUAUAUUUGGUAUUGUAGCUUUUAGUAAUAAACACUGCCAAUAGGACUAAGAAUGUAGGUGGUUUUUUUUUUCAAACGAAGUCGAAAUUGUCCUAAAGAUUACGUAUAUACUGUUUCUGUAUUUUACUUUUCCUAAGUACGUGAACUUCGACAGUCAAAGCAGAAUUCCAUUGUAAAACAAACCUUAACACCAAUCAACUUUAAUUUCAAUGUGACAAGUCCGCCUAGUAAAAGUGUGCCUCGAUAGAUUACAAACUUACUUAUUAAUGUUUACACGUUGACACGCCUUUUUUAUAUAGAAACUGCGUGAAGAAUCAUGUAAUAUGUUCUUUCAUACUUACAUGCUGACUACUCGUUUAUGUCAUUUAUAAGCUGAAUAAAAUCAGUCGGUAUAAGUAUUGAAUUAAAAAAAUUGUAAUCUGUUAUCUCUCAUAACUUAACUGUCAUUGUCAAAACGUGUCAAUUGAUGUGAUGAUUUUUUAAAAUAAAUCUUCGAUUUAGGUCCUAAAUAAGUUUUGAUUAGAUUACAAUCUGCCCAGUCGUUCUUUUAACGAUUAUAUUUCGAAUAAAUAAAGAUUCCUUUUCUGGAUCCUUUUGCAAUUACCAGGAAUGUUUGCAGUGGUGUCGCCAGCCGGUCCUUAAGAUAAAAGUAUAUAUAAUAUCAUUUCCACGCAUCUCAGCUACACAAUGAUAAAAUAUUAAGUUAAUUUAACAAUAAUUUCGGACACGAAAAUCUAAACAGAACGAAAAAAAACUGGUUGACAGAAGUUAGUGACAAUUUCACUUAGUGUAUGUAUAUUUUCACCUAUUUUUUUGCUUUAGUCUAUGGCAAGCUCAAAUCGCAAAACAAUACGUCAUAGAUUAUGCAUAAUAUUAGGUAAAUUAAAUGGUGAAAAAACUUUUUAACCGGAUUAAAGUUAUGUAUUAUUAUAAAUUUACAAUUAUUUAACAUAAUUUUAAAUUUAUCCGACGUUUCGCGUGCUUUACAGCGUGCGCCACAGCAUACAGUCACCGUGACCACCGGUUAAUCCCUUUAAAAAGUUUUUUCUUUAAAUGUAUAAAGGUUAUGUCAAUAAAAGACAAUACUAAAUUAAAUGGUGGUCAAAGCGUGAGUAAUAAAAAAUUCUGUUCGCCCUUCCCUUCCUUGUGAAAAGUAAAAUAUAGAAACUGUGUCAAGUAAAGAAUUUUAAUUUACGAAGACUGAUAAAGACUUCUUAAGGAAUAAUUUAUUUUAACCACUAUCCCACUAUUAUAAUUGAAUAACGAGCUUAAAACGAUACCCGGUUUCUAUACAAAAUACCAUUUGUAAAAGCUAUCAGUAUAUUUCUAUACAAAAUUCGAGUCGUAGAAAUUACGAGUCGUAUUUUGGUUAGAACCGGGGUGUUAGGGUAAAAUGAAAUAUGGAUUUUGUACACAGGUCGAAUUGAAACCGAAGUUUGCGUUAUAGUGUUAAUACAAAGUUUGGAAAUGAUUCCAUUUGAAACUUAAUUGCCUAUAAUAGACGCACGGCAUCAGCUAAUAUGAUUUUUCAACUUUCUUUCGUAUGCGAUAUGUAUUUUUAAAAUUUCAUUAACUUAUUUCAGAAUUCUAAGUCCAUAUUUCGACCAAUAUAUUGGUUUUAUUAGUAGUAGCUUUGGUGUUUUGUGAUAUUGGUAUGUUGUUGAGCUUGCGAGCUUUUGUUACGUUUAUCGGAUUUAAGGAAAUACAAAAUUAGAACGAAUUGGCAUUCCAUUGAUAUUAAGGAAAUCCCUUUUACGAUACAUAGAAAAAUACUAUUGUAUUCAACAAUUUAAUGUGUUAUUAAAAGGAAAUCGUACAUACGCCCAUGUUCUAUGUACAAAUAACAAUUUCUCAUUGAACUUGAUCCAUCUGAAGUCAUAAUAACAAUUUUAAUAAUGGGUCAAGUCAUUAACGUUUAAAAGGUACCAGGGUGGCAGAAAUAACAAGAGACCUAACUAUGACGUGUUUUGUUCAAUUGGUUAAGACCAUCUUUAGUCCAAUGAGAGAUACGUACGUCUUUCCGUUUGCCCAAAUAUAAUCAGCGCGUCUCUUGCUUAACAUUCCCACCAGAAAAAUUUAAGAACGAAGAGAAAAUUGUAAAAUUCAAAAGUCGUUAUAAUAUACUUUGUAAAGAUCAAAUUUAUGUUAAGCAUUAUGAGAAAGGGAUUGUUCUAUACAAAAAUUAGUUCGAAAUUUGUUGGUAGAAUAUAUAGCUUAAUUCAGCUUAGCAAUUGUAUUUGUUAACUUAAGUAUUGUUUUCAUUGCGCUAUGUUGUAUCGGACUGACUUUAGAUGCAAAGAAUAAAUCUUUUAAAAAAAUUGUCGAAAGAAUAAACGUCAACUGCACUAAAAAUGAAAUUUGCUUCGGCUACAGCCAAUUAUUUCCGAUAAUUAUAAAAUAUAAAUAAAUUGAUUUGUCAUGAAACAACUUUGUCCAAGCAAAGUUCGAUAUUCCUAUAAAUUCCAAAUCAAGAUAUAUAGAAACAGUUUUUUGAAAGACGUAGUAGUUCGUUCUAUUCAAUAUUCUGUAAUUCCUGACUGCCCUUUGAGGUCGUUAUAACCGGUUUCGAAAAGUUCAGUCCGAUACGCAAAAUUUUGGAUCUGCCUAAUUGAAUUUAGUUGUAAGUACUUAAUAAUUUAAAGUGAUCUCUUCGUGUGAUAAAGCUACAUCACUGCUUCAAUCGAUUAGCUUUCUUCGUAGUAUUAAUAGUAUUAUGGUUUGAUUACGUUUUUUGUUGACAUAGUCAAAACGGGCCCUAUAUCAUUGAUGUAAGUUACACGAGAACACAUUCCCAUCAUAGAAUACUCUUUACGCAUAUAAACUAUUAAUACGUUAAAAUAAUAUAUUAACCAUCUAUAUAAGCUCGAUUUGGCAUUUAACAAAUGACGAAUGUGUUAAUUGGUUAUUAUCAUUGUGAAUCAUGUAUUAUCGUUGACUAUUUGAGUCUACAAAAAGAAUGUAAUGGUCGCAAAAACGGAAACGUUAUUUUAACAAUGCGUCGUAAAUCGGUGUAACUAAGUUCUUUUGGUAACCGAUGUGUUCUCUAAGGCUGCGUCCACAUCUGGCGAAUAUGCCGCGAAUGUGCAGCUCGCGAGCAAGCUGCUAGCUGCGCGCGUACAUUUUUGUUCGUGCGCCGCCCGCGCGCUGAUCGCGUGAGACUGAUACUGAGCCAGUGAACGGAACUGUAAGCGCGAGAAUUUGUUUGCGACAAAGUGUAUAAUUUUAUAGCACUAACCCGUUAUGACAGAUGUCAAUUUAGUUUAUUUUUAGAGGUUUAUAUAAUUUUUUGGGAUAUUUUGUUGUGAAAAUUAAGUGAUUUGUAUUUUGGUUAAGAUUUGUGAUGGACCAAAAAUUUUUGUUACUUUUUGAUGCGCCGCAUCCCGACGUAUUUAAUAAACGUUUGUAUGAUUA